AUGCUGUGGUCUCUACUGCUCACGACGGCGGCGGUGCAAGCAGCGGUCCUACCAUAUAUACAGCCUAAUCCGUGCGAUGAUGGCGUCCGGAAUGCCAACCACAUCUUCAACGCCAUCCAUUCCUCCAUGCGCCAAUGGGGAUCCUCAUUGAAUCAUAAUGGCAUGUCACUUUUCCUCGCCCAAGUUCCCGCUGGUACACAAUUCUACCAUGGAUCCCCGAAACAAGAGCCUGUUGAAGGCAUGGAGUGGCUGGCCUUUGAACCUGAGCAUGCCAUCAAUUUUGCAUCGAGGAUGAAACACCCACCGCCACCACCACCCGAUAAGCCAGGCAUGAUGGAAAUGUCGUUGGAUGAAUCUCGAUCGUGUAAAGCUGGGUUGGAGGAACACUGUCGAGGUCAUCUGACAGAUCAUCGAUUUCCUCAGAGUCCUAUCAUGGAAGGAGGUGAUGAUCGGAAAUCAGCACCACGACCGAGGCCGAACCCGAUGGAAGCAGGUUGGUUGCAUACGUACAGAACCAAAACUCUCACGCCCUUGCUCUACAUCGAUGGCAUGUCUGCCGGAAAAUGCGAGAAAGGAACGCUCGACACUCAAGAUGUCUUGCUUUUGAACGCUCGGAACGAAAGUCAGGGGAUGUUCUGGGAGAGGGAACGUGCAGAGAGACUGUGCAAGAUGGCAGCCCAGACUUGGAACGGUAAGAUUAAAGGCUUUAUUCGGAUGGAGGCCGGGUUUGAGAUCAUCAUGUGCUCGUUUGCGAAGAAUUUGGAUUUCCUGCAAGCGGUUCGGGCGGGUUCGAUUGCGCCGGACGGGGAAGAGCCUCCUCCGGACGAUCGCUUUUUUGGAGACAGAAAUAUCUGGGAUUGGGUCCAGGCUAUAGCGGCACGGUAUGAUGGGAUUGGGGGUGGGAGAGUGAAAUUGAACUACGACAGAUUCGUCACGAGCUACCAUUAUGAUCUCGACCUGUUCACAGGCGACGAUGGUCUUCCGAGGCUGGAGAACAUCCCGGUUUCUUCAUUGGAUAAAAUCCGCGACGACAUCCACUCCAUGGUGAACGAUUGGGAUCCUUCGAUUAACCUGUAUGAGGAAAAGGCAAUCGAUUGGCAGAAGGUCGCCGACAUGGUCGUUGAACGAUAUGCGAAGGAAUUGAAAUAUCUUGUCUCUGGCGCUUUGACGGAACCCGAAGAGUUCUUCCACGAACUCGUUCGAAUCUUGCGUGUCUUCGUCGACUCUGAUGCUCGCAACACCACGGCCGAAGUCGAUCGAUGCGUGGCUCAGAUGAUUCCCAUCGAGUACGAUGUUUCGUGUUCGGUGGCCGGUCGAGCUGUCCACUCUGUCGCUCGGACGAUCUGCUCGGCGUUGUUUGCUGCUUUUGAUGCUCACGUUCCUCUGUUGGACACGAUGGACAAUCUGCGCUCGUUGAUUGAGUAUCUGGAUUGGACUGUAUGGAAACGGUGCCCGGAAUGUCCAUUGGGUACCGUCUGUUUCAUUCCCGUCUGGCCGUUUGGGACCACGGAGGAUCAUGAGCAUCCACAGUGUCGCAAUGCCAGCGAGUUAGAGGGUAGGAGAGGAUAUUGGGGCAGUCUUCGACCCCGUCAGAUGGAGCCUGGUUUGAAGUAUUUCCCGUAG